CAGCGCAUGGUCCAGCACUGUCCAGAGCCCAAGGGACCCAUCGGGACCAUUGUUCUAUUCCCUUGCGGCUGCAGUUUUCUCUGCCUUGGCCCAGCCUGCCUCGCGCCAGCUCUGGCGUGGGACUACAAUGCGCUGCCUUGCCCUGGACAAGAGUCCAGCUGGCAGCCUCGCUGCUCCCCGCCUUGUUAUAACGCUGCGCUCUCAAGUGACAGGUCGUGUCCUCCCAGAUGACGCCUUAGAGCGACCGCGCUCCGCCCAGGAUUCUGUACGGCCUCAGGGCCACUAAGCCCCGCCCCUAGUUCCGCCCACCCGAGGAUUUGUCCAAUCCAGACGAAAUAUUUGCGCUCCGCCCAAAGUUUUUGUUGUCACUUCCGGCCUGCUCCAGGAAGUCGUGCUGCGGAGCCAAAUUUGAAGCCAGUGGAGGCGCGGGGGCGCGUCUGCGAAGCCGGACCUGUAGCAGUUUCUUUGGCUGCCUGGGCCCCUUGAGUCCAGCCAUCAUGCCUAUCCGUGCUCUGUGCACUAUCUGCUCCGACUUCUUCGAUCACUCCCGCGACGUGGCCGCCAUCCACUGCGGCCACACCUUCCACUUGCAGUGCCUAAUUCAGUGGUUCGAGACAGCACCAAGUCGGACCUGCCCACAGUGCCGAAUCCAGGUUGGCAAAAGAACCAUUAUCAAUAAGCUCUUCUUUGAUCUUGCCCAGGAGGAGGAGAAUGUCUUGGAUGCAGAAUUCUUAAAGAAUGAACUGGACAAUAUCAGAGCCCAACUUUCCCAGAAAGAGAAGGAGAAACGAGACAGCCAGGUCAUCAUCGACAAUCUGCGGGACACGCUGGAAGAACGCAAUGCUACUGUGGUAUCUCUGCAGCAGGCCUUGGGCAAGGCCGAGAUGCUGUGCUCUACACUGAAAAAGCAGAUGAAGUACUUGGAGCAGCAGCAGGAUGAGACCAAACAAGCGCAAGAGGAGGCCCGCCGACUCAGGAGCAAGAUGAAGACCAUGGAGCAGAUUGAGCUUCUACUCCAGAGCCAGCGCCCAGAGGUGGAGGAGAUGAUCCGAGACAUGGGUGUGGGACAGUCAGCGGUGGAACAGCUGGCUGUGUACUGUGUGUCUCUCAAGAAAGAGUACGAGAAUCUAAAAGAGGCACGGAAGGCCUCAGGGGAGCUGGCUGAGAAGCUGAGGAAGGAUUUGUUUUCCUCCAGAAGCAAGUUGCAGACAGUCUACUCUGAAUUGGAUCAGGCCAAGUUAGAACUGAAAUCAGCCCAGAAGGACUUACAGAGUGCUGACAAGGAAAUCAUGAGCCUGAAAAAGAAGCUAAUGAUGCUGCAGGAAACUUUGAACCUGCCACCAGUGGCCAAUGAGACUGUCGACCGCCUGGUUUUAGAGAGCCCAGCCCCUGUGGAGGUGAACCUGAAGCUCCGCCGGCCAUCGUUCAGUGAGGAUAUUGAUCUCAAUGCUACCUUUGAUGUGGAUACUCCCCCAGCCCGGCCCUCCAGCUCCCAGCAUGGUUACUCCAAAAAACUUUGCCUAGAGAAGUCACACUCCCCAAUUCAGGAUGUCCCCAAGAAGAUACGCAAAGGCCCCAAGAAGGAGUCCCAGCUUUCACUGGGUGACCAGAGCUGUGCAGGAGAGCCAGAUGAGGAACUGGUUGGUGCCUUCCCUAUUUUUGUCCGGAAUGCCAUCCUGGGCCAGAAACAGCCCAAGAGGCCCAGGUCAGAGUCCUGUCGCAGCAAAGAUGUGGUAAGGACAGGCUUCGAUGGGCUCGGUGGCCGGACAAAAUUCAUCCAGCCUACUGACACAGCCAUGAUCCGCCCAUUGCCUGUUAAGCCCAAGACCAAGGCUAAGCAGAGAGCGAGGGUGAAGACAGUGCCUUCUCUCUCCCAGGCCAAGCUGGACACCUUCCUGUGGUCGUGAGAACAGUGAGUCUGACCAGUGGCCAGACACAUGCCUCCAACUUGUAGGAUUUAAGGACUGUCCAGGCAGGGGGUUUUGUGGGCAGAGCCCCACUUUCGGGACCAGCCUGAGGAGUAAGGGCAGACAAACAGGUGAGGGGGAGACACCCAGAGGCUGCUCUUCCUGCCCUCACCCUGCCCCACUCCCAUGACUGGGAGCUGACAUGACCAGCCCACUGAUCCUGUCAGCAGGGCCUGCUCCUGUUGCCAGGCUUCUGUUUAUAGCCAUGAUCAGAUGUGGUCAGACUCUUUCUGGGGCUGGAGACCACGGUCGCUUGUUGACUGUCUCUGUGGACCAGAGUACUUGAGGCAUCUCAGGCAGCCUCAGCCUGAGCUUCUACCUGCCUUUGACUUGCUGCUAGGCAUAGCCUGGGCCAAGCAGGUUGGGGAAUGGAGGAUAGAAUGGGAUGUAUGGAGAGAAUGAAAGAUUUUCAUGUAAAAUAAAAUUUAAAAAAAUAAUAAUAA